AUGGCACAUGUGGCCUUCACCCCGGAUGCGGCCGAGUCGAUCUCGACGCCCGCAUCCGAUGCCCAGUCCGUAUCGUCUCCCAUAACGCCUCGCGAUACGCAUCCGGCCUACAGCCCCAGUGCCAUUUACUCCAGGAGCACCGGGCAGCCGUCCCCGUCUGCGCGCUCCGUACACUCCGUGCAGUCGGGCGAGUCCAGCACUGGAAAACGGCGGUUGGGUCUGCUCGAGUAUCCGACAGUCCACGAGGAUCUCCAGUUCUGCCGGGAGGUUCGAGAUAAGUUCACGGCCUAUCAGAGAGACAACCCCACGGCCACGCCUCUCGACCUUGAGCAAGUGGCGCUGACCAGUCUCGCCCAUCUCCGGGCGACCUUUGAGGACAUGUGCCACAUCCCCCCGCCAGAAUGUGUCUUUUACCAAUGGUCGUACCGCCAAGCCCACAGCGCGGAUGCCGCAACGUCGGGGGGCGACGUGUUCCAUUUGCUUCAUGCCCACUGCUACAUGUUUGACUAUGACCCCAACGAUACCGGCACUAGCUUUCCAGUGCCUGACCAGAGCCAAGUUAUGGCCGUCAUCAAUCUUGUCGGAUGCCAGCCGACAUCGCUGAUGCUAGCGUUUGGUCUUCGCCGUGGCCUGAGACGGAGUACCACCGAGGGCCGCGAAAUCUUUUGGACGAUAUACAGCACGCUGGCAGACCUUUCCAGCACCAUUUCCGAGGAGUUUUUGAGGGCACAGCCGUUCUUGGACCGCAGUGUGCAGCUAAUGGCCACAGUGCGUGCCCAGCGCGGCGCCACUGGUGCCCUGGCAUAUUCCGGCGUCUUCCCGACCCGCGCCGAGGUCAGCUACGCCAUGGAGAUGUAUGCCGCGGAAUCCCGAGCAGCUGCAGAGAAAGCCGGCGCCGGUCUCGCCCUUUCUUCGUCUGCGCGCAGAGGGUCCUCCCUGAACUUUACCAUGCACCGCCUUGACCGGCUCUUCCAAGGCAUCGAGGUGCCGGACGACGGCGCUCCUGCUGCUUCCAUCGCACAGUCCCAAACACAGCCUCAGCAGCUCUUUGGUCUAUCUCCUUUGCUACUUGCGGAAAACAUUGGCGGCGCGGACAAGGGCGCUUCGCCGCAUGUGCCACAUCCGUCGUCGGAUGAUGCAGAUGAUGUAGAUGAUGCAGACGCCCAAGAAGACCGCACUCCCUCUACGAACUCGACCUCGGCGUCGCCGGUGAUGACUGACCGAAUUCUGCAACGCUCCUCAACCACUGAUCCUCCAAUCACUCCUGCAGAGGUCACGAUUGCACACGCCAGCUCCGCAAGACCAGCGUCGGACGUCAUCAAAGACUCCCCUCAGCCAACUGAUCCGUCCACCGACGCAUCGAGACCUACGCCUCGGCCGGCCAGAGCCAGCCAUGGGCGACUACCCACCCGUCGCCGGGUGCCGCCUUUGGCAACCAUUAGCUGUGGGGAUGUCUCCGAGCUGCUCAAAGAAGAGAAUAAGUUGCACGAAAAGUUUCUCGACUUUGUGGCUCGUUUCCACGACAACGUGACCGAAGACGGCGCCCGAAGCCUCGAAAGUCUUGUACAGCAACACACUGAUCUUUUGUAUCAUCGGGAGCAACAGCAAUGCCGACGGGAGCUGGCUGCUCGUCUGCACCCUUCCCGUGGUACGCCUUACUACAGCCACCACCAACCUCAACCCCCGACCCAAGCAACAACCGGAGGUACAGCAUCGGCCGGAGUUCAGGGCCCGGCUGCGAACAGCACUGGAGCGCACAACAACGACGGCGGGAACAGCAGCAGAAAUAGCAACAACGGCGACGGCGAUAGCAGGAAUAGUAACAGUACCAGUAACGGCAACAGCAACAGCAACAGUGGCAACAGGGACACCAAUCGUGGCUCCCACGCACCUGGCUACGUUUACAUUGACAUCCCCAGUUUGUACAGCAGUGCUGCAUACACCGGAAACAACUUUGGCAACAUUUUUACUGCACCGCCUGCGCCGGACCCGUUUGCUUAUCACAUUCACAACCAGCCCGGUCGCUUGCGUCAACCACUCGGGCAGAACUACCCGCAACAUGCAUCGGCACCGUCAAUGCCGGCACCACCGCCGCCGUACGAGCCGGCAAGUCAGCGUUUGCAGCCUGCCAUUGGCCCUCCGAUCCCAUACAACUUGUCCUUGCCAUCACUCGACCAGACGGAAGUUGUCGCGCCACAGCCGCUCCGGCCAACGCUGCCGGCCCUCGCUAUUCCGCCGCCCACACCCGUGCCGAGAUCGCUGAUUGAAUCCCGGCUUCGGGACGGUGCGCGUACCGAGGGCUACGCGACGCUGCUCGAGGCUCUGCAUGCGCUACCGCCAGCUCCUCUGGCCGAACAGAACGAGAUGGCUCGCCAGCAGUAUGAACGGUACCACCAACAGCAGCAGUACCAGCUCGAGCUCCAACGGCAGAGCCAGGAACAAGACAGGAUGAUGCAAACGUACCAAGAGCAACGGCUGCAGCACCAGCGACACAUUCUCACGCAACAGGCCAUUAUCCAGAGAGAGCAGCUGGCCCAGCUGGAGUACAUGCAGCAUCAGCACCAGGUCCACCUGCUGCGGACCCUCCACACGCACGUCUUGCAGGAGGCCGACGCGCAGAGACGGGCACACCGCGAUUCGACACCCGGAGAGAGCCGUACACCGAGCAACGACGAUGACGAUCCUGUUUUCAACACCUACACGGGGCUGGCAAAUGAGGAAUCCGAUGUGGCCUCUGAUGUUCACGACGAUGACCCGGAACACGAAGAAGACGACUACCCAAGCGUGCCUGUCUUGGCGGGCUACGACGAAGAUGAAGACGUCUCGUACAUACCCCCCUUUGCACACCACCGCACCGUUGACGAUGCGCCACCUGAUGUCGCUAAUACGGAGCCGCCGCUGUAUACCGUGUCUCAAAACCGACCUGCGUUCGGGGAUGUAUCUAGUCUUCCGAUCCGCCCCGUCGCAAUGUCGUCUUCUACCUCGCCACUGCGCGCGGCAAUCGCCAAUGCGAGAAAUGGGACCGAAGUUCACGAUCAGCGGGAUACUGAUGGAGCUGGUUCCAGUCGUCAGGAUGCUGACGAGGACGAGACCCUCUAUGGAUGA